AUGUUAUGCCACCGUCUCCCAAGACCCUUCGCUAAAUUUAACACGGCCCUGUCCGUUUCAGUCGCAACUAUGUCCACGACCACCAAGCCCUCCCGCAAGCCCAUGCCCUCGGCAUUGACAUUCGACCGUCACGCCAAAUGCUCGACAACCAAAGCGCGCGCUAGCACUCUCAAAUUACCCCACGGCGAUGUCCCACUGCCCAUCUUCAUGCCCGUCGCGACACAGGCAUCCCUCAAAGGCUUGACAUAUGACCAGCUGCGCGAAACAGGAUGCAUGCUUUGCCUUAAUAAUACAUACCAUCUUGGGCUGAAGCCUGGCCAGGCUGUUUUGGAUGCAGUGGGUGGAGCGCACAAGUUACAAAGUUGGGAUCGCAAUCUCUUGACUGAUAGUGGCGGUUUCCAAAUGGUUUCUCUAUUAGAGCUGGCAACUGUUACUGAGGAAGGAGUGCGCUUUCUCAGCCCGCACGAUGGCUCGCCUAUGCUGCUUACCCCCGAACAUUCGAUCUCUCUUCAAAAUUCCAUUGGGUCUGAUAUUAUUAUGCAAUUGGAUGAUGUGAUUGCUACUACCUCGCCAGAUCAUGCACGUAUCAAAGAAGCCACGGAUCGCUCUGUGAGAUGGCUAGAUCGUUGUAUUGAGGAACACAAAUACCCCGAAAGGCAAAACUUAUUUUGCAUUAUUCAAGGUGGUUUGGAUCUUGAAUUGAGGAAGCAGUGCUGCGAAGAGAUGGUUGCGCGAGAUACCCCCGGCAUCGCUAUUGGCGGUCUUUCUGGUGGCGAGGCGAAAGAGGAAUUCUGCAAAGUAGUAGAUACAUGCACCGGACUUUUGCCAGAACACAAACCAAGAUACGUCAUGGGCGUGGGAUACCCGGAAGACAUCGUCGUGGCAGUGGCUCUAGGUGCAGAUAUGUUUGAUUGUGUCUGGCCGACACGAACAGCGCGCUUCGGAGAUGCCAUCGUCUCCUCCGGAACCCUCAAACUAAACCACAAAUCAUACGCUGAUGAUUUCCGCCCUGUCGAGGAAGGCUGCACCUGUGCUUGCUGCCGUUCACCCGAACAGGGUGGUCUUGGGCUCACCAGGGCGUAUAUGCACCAUAUUACUGCCAAGGAGACUGUCGGGGCUCAUCUUCUUACCAUCCAUAAUGUUCACUAUAUGUUGAACAUGAUGAAGAAUAUCCGACAAGCCAUUCUGGAUGAUCAGUACCCUGCGUUCCUUCGCAAGUUCUUCUCCGACAUCUAUGGAGGGGACAAGACCAAGUUCCCUGAGUGGGCAGUGGGCGCUCUGCGGGGAGUUGGUGUGGACUUGUUGGCGGAUUCAUGA